AUGAGGUACAAUCUACGCUCGAAGACAAGAAGACAGGCACCACAGGCGCCAUCGCCUCUGCCUAAGAAUUCAAUGCGACCAAGUGAGAAAGGUCCAGGAGGUACUCUGUCGCAACGGGGUGGAAGUCGAUCAGAUUCUGUUUUCUCUGGCGAAAGGGAAAUACCCGAGUCCCCGACCAGGCAGGAGCCCGACUGCGUUGUGGAGGGAGGCUUCGCGCCGUUGCCGGAACGGCAGUCUGCCUUUGCAUGUGCUCCGGCGCAUGUGGCUUUUCCAGUUGCAGUACGACCUCACCAGGAGCAACCAGAGACAGAACAGGCGAGUAUUACCGAUCCAUCCGAAGACGACGGUCCCACUAACCAAUCAGCGGUGUCCCAAAACCGGAGUCUUCCUGUCUUCAGAUCUCAGCAAUCACAUGUCCAAGAAAUUAACGGCGGCGCAAGCGAAAUUCUAUCAGAGUCCCCCAAGGGACUCCACAAUGCAGGGGGAAUGUUGCAGACGAAGGAAAGGAAUUGUGCGACGAAAUCCUCGGCCGAUAGUCACAGUUCACAACUGACAACCAUCGCAGCAGAAAAUGACAGGCCUGCAACAGAAAGAACGGCUGAGAGAGCAAAAACGGGGACCUCCACUGAGUCUACCUCAGGCGGUGAACAGUUUUCUUUCCGGGCAGCUCGCAGGCUUCGGCCUCGACUUCUCUUGCCUUCACCUGCAUCCACCCCCUCACUGACUCAAUGUCGAAAAAAACGGAGAAUCCUUCUCCAUUCGGAGCAUUCCGGCCUCGAUAGCGAUGUUGCCGGCACGGCUCUUUCAAACCCGAGCGUCUCCUUCGUGUGUUCUUCGUCGAUACGAACAACUUCCACAACGUCUCCAGCUUCUUCGGGACCUCGCUCGUACCCAUCCUCUUGUGAGGCCAACGGUGGGCCUUCUACAUCUCGCGCAGCAGACCCGACUCAGCGUUCCAGGAUUCCGGCAGUGGUGCAGUGUCAUCGUUUCCAGCAAGACAUGCACGGGAGUCCUGAAGGUGGAGAAAGCCCGUGUUCCGCGGCAUUCGUAGCGUCCACGCGCUGUCCCAACGCCCGAGCAGAACAGUGGCAGCGCAGUGAUGCAGCAGAUUCCGCAUUGGAAUCCAACGGCUCCGUCAAAGGCCUACCACUUCUGUCAGACCCGAGUCUCGGUACCAUUGAACCUUUCCAGCCUGUACAAGAAAAUCAGGCGCCCACUUCAGCGGGUUGUUCACAGCCUCCCCAAGCAGGUUCCCUCACAGGCGUCAAUGUUACUUCUUCCAAUCCACCACAACCUUUGCCAGCGACCUUGCCUUGUGCGAAUCCCUCCGGCUUCGUCUCUGCCGACUCCUCGCGGAGCGACUGCACUUCGCGAGAAGCUGUCACGUCCUCAACACCCACCCCCGACCCUCGCUGUGUCGACGCCAGCCGGAAUGCCAUGGCGGAGAGAUCGCUUCACCUGGAACUUUCGGGUAGAGCCUCAACAUUUUCCCAGCCCACUUCAGGGACAAGCGGGUCGCUGGGCGCAGGGACGGCUUCAGGUUGUUCAGAAGGGUCUCAUGCCCUCGCCAGCGUUGCUUUAUGUCGUGUUGUAGCACCAGUUACUGUUGUGGGUGCGCACAUUUCUUCUCUUGACGCCGAAACGGAUGAGCUAGAGGGGCAAAGUCGUGGAGCUGUACCGCACGCUGCCGUUCGCUCGAGCGAGAGACUGUGGGAGCUGUCAGCGCAGGGCUCCGCAGUAACUUCUACCCCUUCUGGCAGUUGUAGAAUUCGCAAACACAGGGAGGCACCAAGUGUGCCUUUGAGGCAGAAGGGACGCAGAGAGGAGAAGAGAGAAACACGCUUGUAUAUUCAUCAGUCUGCCGCCUCAUGUCGACCAACGGCUUCUCCUUCGCUCCACUCCGAUACCUCAAGUCGUUCUCCAGCUCCAUAUUGCUGCUCCUCUUCCCUUUUAUUAAGCCACUUACCCCCCGCGAUCCUGUGUGCUGUUCUACGGUGUCUACCCUUUCCAUCCGUUGUGGCAUUUGGAGCGACCUGUCGAUACGCGCGUGAACUGACCCACCUUCCUGCAGCGUGGAAUCUUCUCGAAGACGCGGCAGUUCAGAAACUUCUGCAGCACCAGAAGGCUUCCUCCGCAUCGGGAAAGAGGUCCUCUGGUAGAGUUCGCCCGCGGCUAAGAGAUUUCAAGACUCUCAUCUCCCGGUUCAACGGAGUAACAAAACUCGCGGUGGACCUCACUGUGAAUUCUGCGCCUACGAGCGCCUACACUUUCCCGUGGCAUUCCUCGCCCCACACAAGCGCAACCGCUGUCUUACCUCCGGCUCUUCUUCGUCUCCUGCCUACACGCAUCAGUUCCCAUGCCAGUGACAAUGGAAGUGCUGCCAGAGGAAGGGCGCGAGCGGCCACGGGUCUAAUUCGUUCAGCAGACUCAACGACGGCCACCAAUGUAUCGAGCAUACCUGUGACUUCAGGUCCUUCACGGCGCGGUGACGGCGAACCUGUCCUUUUUCUUCAAGGCUUCGUCGGCGAGAGAGACAUUCCUGGAAUGGUACGGCCUUCGCUCGCCGCCGAGGGCCAUCGAGCACGCCCGUGGCAAGACGCGGGUCACCCCUCUCAUCCGAGCCAGCAAAAUUCCGGCUCAGGUGGAGAGGCUGCUCUGUCAAGAGGGACUGUCCGUGUCUCCGGCGACAGGGAGCCACGCGCCCGCUCGGUGUCCGUGUCUGAUCAGGAUCAUCAAGACCCACCCGAAGGAUUGGUAACUUGCGAAGCGCCGGAGGUGUUGUCCAAAGGACCCCCGCCGUGCCCUUCCAGAGAUCUAGGUACCGGCAGCAUCGAGCAACGCCUUCCCGAGUCACAUGGCCACGGCUCAGAGCCCCAGCCGAUGGUUCAUCAAUUACCUGCGCUUACAGCAGGUGCUGAACCAAGAGAGCGCGGAUCGCUCAGCUCUGUUUGCCACGAUAUGCGAGAUGGGGGAGCGACGGCCACCCCAGGAACCCCACCGCUUGCCUGGAGACCUAUUGAUCGAAGAGAAAUGCCAGUCACUUCGAACUUUAUUUCCAGGCCAGCUACCUCUGUAUCCCGUGGGGAGCGCUGCGAAUCCCCAGUCGCAGGGGCGGCUGUCGACAACAGCCAGGAGACAGUUGAGCCUCAAAGGCCGGUAGAUCUUGCCGGAGCUCGGCUGGGGAUGAUGCCGCUGGAAGCAGCGAAUCAGGCACCUGUUGUGGAGCAACGACUGUCUCAAUCUGGACGCGAGCGAGGAAGUGCCGAUGCUCCCCUGAACGGCGACUCACUGGGCAGCCACGAAUCUCCCAUGGAAACCCUCGGGAGAUUCUCGGAGGAAUCAGCAGGACGAGACGACAGACGCCAAUGCGAAGACUUCUCCAGAGAAAGGCAAAGGCGCGAAAGGGAAGCAGAACCUUCUGGAGAGUCUACGGAACCCUCAGCGUCGCAGCAGGUUUCGCGGGAUCCUUUGCUUCUUCUCUUCCCUUCCGCAUCUCCUCAAGGAACGUCAGCAGGUCCCCAGGAGAGAGAACGCGGCGACGGGUGUGCCCGCGGCGAAGGUGACCCACUGCGAUCGCCUCUCCAGCCUUCCAGCGGGGAUUCGAUAUCACGAGGUCUGCUAAGCCGAAGGCAGGACGGGGCAACUCCAGCAGCGUGCACUGGGGAGCGGUUCCAGCAUCGGUCGCAUCAUCAUCGUGUCCGGAUGGAGCGCCAACAGCUGAUGCUGCUCCAUCAACUUCUGGUCCACCUACAGGGGCAACAGACCAACAGGUCACCGAGUCAGCCCAGUGCCUCACCCCGAGGGAGGCAGACUGCCUCAGAGCACCCCCAAGAGCAUCCGCAGGCCCAUCCAUGUACACGAGACGCGCGGAUGCAUCCGCGAACACAUCUACCUACUAUGCGCAACAGGACAGCUUCACCCUCUGUCAACAGGAGUUGGGGAACGCACCUUUUCCAAGGCGAGCCAGCAAACGAAAGCUCUGCCCCACGAGAACAGGUUACCGAUGAGCAGACCCGGGUCCACGAGGCACGGGACCGGGGACCGCCGCUCGAAGGGGGGUACGCCUACGAGGGACUGGAACCGCAGGAUCUCAGGGCAUCGGAAACAAGUAGAGUGGACGGAUGCAUGCAACUUGUAGCACCGGUUCAGGAUCUUGAAGGCGUCGACAACGGAUGCGGCCCAAACCCGUUGAGGAACUCUCGCCAACUCAGCCAUCAGGAAGGGAGUCCCUCCGUUCCUUCGGGACGAACAGCCAAUGACAAUAACGGGGAUUCUCUCCCUUUGCAGUCCAGUGUACACCCUUACGCGCAACGCGCUGAGGAAGCAGCAUUUCAGAACUCAACACAGCUUUCGAGGACAGAGAUGCCAAGGCGCGGCGCAUCUAUGGCAAUCCUGGCUGGUGUAGAGCGAUGGCCUGACGCGCAGAAUUUGGCAGACGCUGAAGCGACUCCGCCGGAGCCAAUUCGUUUCCAGAGGCCUGUUCAGUCUCACCGCGGAGAGAACAUGGAACAGCAGGUUCUUCUUUUGCCUUUUCUCUUCGCCUCGGGAACUCAGUUUCCCUUUGCCUUCGCGCGCCAGGGCGAUCAGCUUGCCGUUUUGGUGAGCAGCCCAGGAUCAGCUUGUCUUGCGCGAAACGCAAGGCGCCAGCAGAGGCAGCAGGCAGCUCAGGUGAGCACUCGAACCCGGCGAAGAGGCAACGCGCGAAUGUUGCUUGGCCCUUCAAGAAGAGGACCACGAGGUCAGAGCAGGCGAUCAGCGAGCGGCGGAGGGCUAGUGAGCCCCGCAGCGCUGCGUGCCUUGUUUGGGGGUCUCAGGCACCUUGUCCAGCUGACUUUGAAACUCGAGGCAAAAGAGGUCAAGCGGCUGCACCAGUUGAGCUUGGAGCUCGACCUUGUGCAGGGGCUGCUCCAGCAGAAUGCGAAGACGCUCCGAGUCUUUAAGCUUUCGGUCGAACUUCCUCAUGAGAGAGAGGUGAGAGUGGAUAUAUCCCCGACAGAAACAGGCUGCUGUGAGUGUUCUACCUGCUACCAAGCCGCAAUUUGCGAACUCACGAGCUCUAGAGAGUGUGCUGUCGUUUUUCAGCUCACUGGCGAGGGAGAGUUAGCCGCCACGCGGCACCGGUCGGGGCUUCGAGGUCGUCGCGCCUACAACAAGGGAACCCUGCAGCCUCUUAACCUUCCGCGGCAGUUGCCGGUUCUUCAGGUCUUCCAUACAAACUUCCCCAUUCACGUUCCUCCAGGAUUCUCCGCGGGUCCGUCCUUCACUCAUCUUUGUAUCCGGUGUCUGCAUCGCUUCGUUGCCCCAUACUUCUCCCGGGUUGAAGGGCGAAACAGUCGCGCCAGAGACUACAGGAACUCAUCGGACCGGAGGACUGCCGUAGAGCCGAGCCCAGAUUCAUCCACAGCUUGCCAGUGCGGCCGAGCUGUGAGCCGCCCUUCUUGUCAUUGCGGGAAGCGCCGUCAGAGCCGAGGACAAGGGGGUUUCGACGGACCGCUUGCAGGCGGGAGGGGGACGCGACAACAGCGACCGGGGGCGUCUGGGAAGAGAAAUCAAAGAGGAGGCCUUACCGGUGGAGAGGGCCGUUCGCAGCUUCCGCCUUCGCGUAAGCGACUGCGUGAGGAGACGGGGCCGGACUCGAUGGACGAGACACAAAGGGAUAAGCUGGAAGAAGCGAGUGCAGAAAACCUUCGUGGGAAGGGGGGCGCGGAAAGUCCAAGGGCUGCGUUAGACUGGGGUCUUUCACCUUCUCAUACACUUUCGCCUCAGUCAGACAUCGGCACUCUGUCGUUGCAGAACUCGCCUGCUAGCAACGCUCGAGCGGAGAUCUCAGAACACAUACGCAACCUCUUUCCUCCAGCGCCGGUGCCUGGUGAGAUGGAACCGCCACCGGGGACCGGUGGAGGAACCAGUGACUGCGGCGGAUCUGGCGCUGUGUCCGCAGCUCAGCUUCGACACCCUACCCAUUCAGAUGAUGCCAGCUUGAAUAAAACCCGGGGCUUCCUUCGUUCGCCUUCCUCUCCGUGUUCGUGGAAAAAAAUGUCGGAAGGGAAGUGUUCCUUUCCGGUUGGUGACGGGGCUCAGAAAGACUUCGAGCAGGCAGAAGACCGCCGCAUUUGCGAAGCACGCCCCCCGGAGGCGGAUACUUGGGAGCGGACAGCGAAAGCUGAAACCUGCGUGAGACGAAGGAAGGGAAUCCGUUCGUUUUGCCGACGAGAGCUGCCUUGCCGAAGUUCAGGCUACCAACCACGUCGCGCUUCCGCGUUCUCCUCAGCAAAAGAAGACAGCUCCAAACCGCUCUCGCAACUGCAGAGGCUCCUGCACGCGGGGCGUGAGACGCUCCAGCAGGUUGAUCUCCAGGGAGACCCGCCACGCACAUUCUGCUGCCUUCAUCCUCAGCUCAAGUUCAACAAGUGA